AGUCAUAUGACCCAGCGUCUCUUCCGCCCUCUGAAGUUAUAACUGCAUGGGUAGCUGUGAGGAGCCCUGCCGGGGUUGGGGGCACUAUGUCCCCAACCCCGUGCUCCUCCUGAGUCUACUUCUGACAGCAGCUCCUUUUGGCCUGCUGGGGGAGGAGACCCGCCAGGUGUCUCUGGAGGUCAUCUCUGACGGGCUGGACCCUCCCCAGAACCUGCUUCAUAUCCAGGCAGUGGGUACCAACUCCACACUGCACUAUGUGUGGAGCAGCCUAGGGCCCCCAGCAGUGCUACUGGUGGCCACCAAUACCCCCCACAGCACCCUGCGUGUGAACUGGAGCCUCCUGAUCUCCUCUGACCCUGAAGGGAGCUUGAUGGUGCUCCCCAAAGACAGCAUCCAAUUUUCUUCUGCCGUUGUCUUUACCAGGCUGUUUGAAUUUGACAGCACCAACACAUCCGAUGCAGCGACAAAGCCUCCAAGAAAAUCGUAUCCUCCGUAUUCCUUGGCUGAGUUCUCUUGGAACAACAUCACUGAUUCAUUGGAUCCUGCCACCCUGAGUGCCACAUUUCGAGGCCAUCCCAUUCACGACCCUACCGGGGCUUUUGCCAGUGGCAGCUUGGCCCUCAGGGUGCAGGCCUUCUCCAAAUCUGGCCGACCAGCACAACCCCCUCGCCUCCUGCACACAGCGGACACCUGCCAGCUAGAGGUGGCUCUGGUUGGGGCCACUCCCCGGGGAAACCGCUCCCUGUUUGGGCUGGAGGUAGCCACCUUGAGCCAGGGCCCUGACUGCCCCUCAGUGCAGGAGCAGCGCUCCAUCGAUGAUGAAUAUGCACCCGCUGUCUUCCAGUUGGACCAGCUGCUGUGGGGCUCCCUCCCAUCAGGCUUCGUGCAGUGGCGACCAGUGGCUUUCUCCCAGAAGCAGGGGAGCCGGGAUUCAGCCAUGCCCUGCCAAGCUUCCCCUCUUUACCCCACCUUGGCAUACCUUCUCCCCCAGUCACCUAUUGUUCGAGCCUUCUUUGGGUCCCAGAACAACUUCUGUGCCUUCAAUCUAACAUUUGGAGCUUCCACAGGCCCUGGCUACUGGGACCAACACUACCUCAGCUGGUCCAUGCUCCUGGGUGUGGGCUCCCCUCCAGUGGAUGCCUUGUCCCCGCUAGUCCUGGGCAUCAUGGCAGUGGCCCUGGGUGCACCAGGGCUCAUGCUGCUGGCGGGAAGCCUGUUUGUAAUGCUGGGCCACAAGCGGCACUCAGAAUACCAGUCCAUAAAUUGAGGCCUGCUCUCUAGAGGGAAGGACAUUACUGGACCUGCCUUGUAGUCUGCAAGUUUGAGGUCUGUAUUCCCAGCCAGCUGCUCCCUUUUCAGCUGCUCUUGCUUUCCUGCAGAACCUCAGAGACCAGCCUCAACUUCCUAUGGACCCAGGUGGGGCAUCCUUCAAACUCUGAGGAGGGACCAGGGACAGAGUGAUUGCUAGAGGGAGGGUCCCCUUGGUGUUGCCUCCCCACCCUGCCACCCCCCAUUUCCCUGGAAUGGGACUCACAGGCCUAGAUGAGAGGCCUUCUGACUCUUUGCUGCCCUGGAGAGUAUGAAAUAGAUGAAUUUUUUCCACAGGG